AUGCCCAGUCUAGGCUUUGCGAGCUUCUCGUCUCCCGAGUAUGUACUCAUAUUCGGCCAGUGCCCGGCAUCUCAUUCGCCGAAAGCGUCGGUUCACGACUGCACCUGUUGCCAGGCAUACCAUCUCCAUGCACGCUCGCUAUACCUGUCUGUCAGACAGCCGCACAAUUUAGGCUAUAAUCAGAAUGCUGGUGGGGGUGCUGCCGCGGUCUUGUUCAAAAGCCUCAUCCAGGCCGACUGGAGCAGCUUCGGGAUCUUAUUCUCCUCGACGACGAGGUUACCGGGCGCAAGCAUCUUUUCGUCCCGUGCCGUUGCGGAAAAGGUCUUCAGCGCCUUCAUACUCCGGCUCGAAUUGCUUGAAUUGCUGGCCGUGCAUCAGGAGUUGGUUGGCGCAGGGAUAUCACUCGGCUUGGAUGCUGUGGCUGCUCGGGCGGUUGCUUCGCAGAGGCUGGCUGUUUGGCUAAGCGGUCGGGAUGGUCAUGCAGAGGACGAACCGCAGAUCCUGGACUGGGCGCAGGAGAUGGACGAUUUGAUCGCGCAGGCUGCUGCGUGGCAGCUCCUCCUUGAUACUGUUGGGGGCGGUCUAGAGGUACUUCUUCUGGACUAUGAUGUCCAUCCUUCAACUGUGCUCCAUGCGGGGCUGGAACUCCGAGAAGCGUGCGUGGGGCUGAGUGGCGUGGCGGAGAUGCUGAUAUGCCUGCAUGGCUCGCGCUCUUGUCAAAGAAGGUGGUCCCUGGCUCGGGAGAUCCAAGUUCGGGUUCGGUCUAGUAUUAGGAACUGCAGCGUUGGUGGUGCCGGGCCCGAUGAGGAUGUGAGAAUGGAAGGUGCAGAGUGA